AUCUUUCGUCCCCUGCAUUUCGACGGGAGACGUGAAGAAACGCAGAAAAAGGCAAACCAAAGCUGGUUGAAUUCUGUGUCUGAAUCGGCCUUCGUGAUCACGCACCCGCAGUUUCAUCUUCCAUCCACAACCAGACGCAUUGCGAGGGAAAAUCUGAGAAAAUUUCAUAUCCAAUGGGGGUUCCACAGACGAUGGAAAUUCUGAGCCAGAGAGCCGUACUUGUGAGAGAGUCGCUGCAGAAGAGCCAGACUGUAACAGAGAACAUGGUCUCCAUUCUUGGCUCCUUCGACUACCGCCUCUCCGCUCUCGAAACCGCAAUGCGGCCCACUCAGAUAAGAACUCAUUCAAUUCGGAGGGCGCAUGAGAAUAUUGAGAAGACAUUGAAGACUGCAGAAAGUAUGCUAGCUCAGUUUGAUCUUACGCGCAAGGCUGAGGCUAAAAUACUCAGGGGGCCACAUGAGGACUUAGAGAGCUACUUGGAAGCAAUUGAUCAACUACGAAGCACAAAUCGCUUCUUCACUGGGAACAAAAAUUUCAAAAGUAGCGAUACUAUUAUUAUCCACACCACCAAUUUGCUUGCUAAAGCCAUUUCAAAGCUAGAAGAUGAGUUCAGACAGCUUUUAACAAAUUACAGUAAACCAGUGGAACCUGAUCGUCUUUUCGAUUGUCUUCCCAACUCUUUGCGUCCAUCGUCAGCAUCUCAGCAAGGUGAUAGUGGUAGCAAACACGACCACGCCAACAAAAGCUUAGAAGCUGCCGUCUUCAUACCCCCAACUCUUAUUCCUCCCAGGGUUCUUCCAUUGUUGCAUGAUCUGGCCCAACAAAUGAAUUUGGCUGGUAAUCAACAGCAGGUGUUUAGAAUAUACAGGGAUACUCGUGCCUCAGUUUUAGAACAGAGUCUUAGGAAAUUAGGUGUGGAGAGGCUUACCAAGGAUGAUGUCCAGAAAAUGCAGUGGGAGGCUCUUGAAGCUAAGAUUGGGAACUGGAUACAUUACAUGCGCAUUGCUGUCAAACUGCUGUUUGCUGGGGAAAGGAAACUCUGUGAUCAAAUAUUUGAUGGUGCAGAGUCUCUCAAGGAUCAAUGCUUCGCUGAUGUGACUACAAACAGUGUGUCAGUGCUACUAAGUUUUGGAGAUGCAAUUGCUAAAAGCAAGAGAUCUCCAGAAAAAUUAUUUGUUCUUUUAGACAUGUUUGAAAUUAUGCGAGAACUGCAAUCUGAGAUUGAUACUCUUUUUGGAAGUAAACCAUGCAUUGAAAUGCGGGAUUCUGCAUCGUGCUUGUCACAACGCCUUGCAGAAACAGCUCAAGAGACCUUUGUUGAUUUUGAAGAAGCCGUAGAAAAAGAUGCCACAAAAACCGCUGUUCUUGAUGGGACUGUUCAUCCCUUGACUAGUUAUGUGAUAAACUAUGUCAAGUUUUUAUUUGACUACCGAUCCACUCUGAAGCAACUAUUCCAAGAUUUUGAUGUUGGUGAUCCAGAUGCUCAGUUAGCAACGAUAACUACAAGAAUCAUGCAGGCCCUUCAGACUAAUCUUGAUGGAAAAUCCAAGCAAUACAGGGAUCCUGCAUUAACUCAAUUAUUUCUGAUGAACAAUAUUCACUAUAUAGUAAGAUCUGUCCGAAGAUCGGAGGCAAAGGAUUUGUUGGGUGAUGACUGGGUGCAGAUACAUAGAAGAAUUGUGCAGCAGCAUGCAAAUCAAUACAAGAGGAUUUCUUGGGCAAAGAUUUUGCAGUGCCUCACUGUUCAGGCCUCGGGUGGUAGCGGUGGUGCUUCGGGAGAUGCUAGCAGUGGACUUUCAAGAGCUAUGGUGAAAGAUAGGUUGAAGACUUUUAACAUCCAAUUUGAAGAACUUCAUCAACGGCAAUCUCAAUGGACAGUUCCUGACAGUGAGUUGCGGGAGUCGUUGAGGUUGGCAGUUGCUGAAGUCUUGUUGCCUGCCUACAGAUCCUUCAUCAAGCGUGCCGGGCCUUUGGUUGAUAAUGGAAAAAAUCCUCAAAAAUACGUCAGAUAUACACCUGAGGAUCUUGAGCGUAUGCUAAAUGAAUUUUUCGAGGGCAAGACAUUCGGUGAACAAAAGCGCUAGUAGCUUCUCAAAAUGCUCUGUACAUGGACAAAAUUAGAGCAGGAAUUCGUCGGUUUGUAUCUUGAUGGUACAUGAGCUAUUGCAACUAAAAGAAAAUGAGUGAAGGAAGAAGGCAUUUGCAUUUGAAAGACUACGAAGGCAUUUUAGGCCGACUAGAAGACUAGGACUAGGACUACACUAAAGUAAGGAUCAAUCCCCUUGUUUGCAAUAUAAUAUUUUUUUUAGAAAAAAAAUAAAAUUGUGAACCUACCACAAUAUUACCACCAUAUUAAAGACAUAAAAAGGAAGUGCUAAAAUAUGGUGGAGCCCAUUUUUAAUCUUCAAUAAAAAAAACUAAAAAAGAUUAUGAAACU